CGCUCGACAAGUACGGAGAUCGUCGCACUUCCGACCAAAAUCUCCAGGUCCGAGUCACCUCGCACCCACUAGCUUGGCCGCGCGCUCCAGCUGCUCGGCGAAAUGCCGCUGGAGCACUUUGACCUCAAGAUUGCGUCCCGGACACUGGUUCAGGCCUCGCACCCGCCGCCGGACUUCCCCGCCGUCCACGCCGUCUCCAACCUCGACCUCGUCCUGGGGCCGUUCCCCAUCUGGCUCGUCUGCAUCUAUGGCCCCCCGCCGUGCGGCCUCGACGCCGUGCUCUCCGCCGUCCGCGCCGCCCUGCCGGCCUACCUCUCCCGCUUCUCCCCCUUCGCGGGCCGCGUCGUCCGCGACCCGGCGACCAACAUCCCCCAGGUCGCCUGCAGCAACGCCGGGGCCGAGCUCGUCGUCGCCGACGCCGCGGUGCCCCUCGCCGCCGUCGACUUCGCGCGCGUCGACCGGUCGCUGGGCCUCAUCCAGAUCCCCUUCGACGCGGGCCUCCCCAUGUCAAUCCAGCUGGUCCGGUUCGCGUGCGGGGGCUUCUCGCUGACCGUCGCCACCAACCACCUCCUCGCCGACGGCAGGGCGUUCAUCCUCCUGCUCAACAGCCUCGCGGAGAUGGUCCGCACCGGCGGCGGCGGCCUCUCCCGCGAGCCUCGCAUCGACCGGUCCCUGCUCGCCCCGCGCUCGCCGCCGCGGUAUAGCCCGGCGCUGGACGCCGAGUUCGCGCGGUUCACGCCGGAGACCAUGAUCAACCCCCUCCUGGCCGCGGCCAUCGAGCGGCGCCUGUACCGCAUCGACGCGGCGGACCUCGUGGAGCUCCAGCAGGCGGCCUCGGCCGGCGGCCGCCGCCGCACCUCCCGCUUCGUGGCGCUGUGCGCGCACGUCUGGAAACUCCUGGCGCGCGCCGUCGGCGAGUCCGACCCCUGCUGCCGGAUGGCGUGGAUCGUUGACGGCCGGAAGUGCGUCGAGCCGUCGGACGGCGCGCUGGACAUGUACGUGGGGAACGUGGUCACCUACACGUCCCGGGAGGCGAGCGUGGCGGACCUGCUGCGCGCGCCGCUGCACGACGUGGCCGGUGCCGUGCGCGCGGCCAUCGCGGCGGUGAUGACCAGGGAUAGGUUCCAGGAGCUGGUGGACUGGGUGGAGGAGAACAAGGCGGCGUACAAGGACGGCGGGAAGUGGACGGAGGCGGUGAACCUCGGCCUCGGCAGCCCGGCGCUGGUCAUCUCGGGGCUGCUGCCGUUCACCAUCGACGGGGAUUUGGGAUUCGGGAAGCCGAGGCUGGUCGUACCGUGGCUUCGGCAUGGCCGGCUGGGGUCGGCCUCUGUCACGGUCGUGCCCUGCCCGACUGGGGAUGGUUCCUGGUUCGUCGGCGGAACCAGGCUCUGGCCGCGGCUGGUGGAGGUGAUCGAAGCCGGUCCGGAGAGCUUGCUGAAGCCGGUGACGGCGGCGAGCCUCGGGUUUGAGGUGUCGAAUGGCACGCACGGUUCUCGUUUGUGAGCUGGCAACGAACAGUGUUGCUCACUUGAGCUGUUCUUAUGGCAAUAGAGAUGAACUGAUUAAAACUUA